AUGGAAGUGGUGUAUCUGAUCGGCUCCCUCGUGUCCUCUACGCUCACCUCCGCCGUCCUCUCGCUUCGCCUGGUGCUACGCUGCCUUGCGUCCUGCCUUUGCCGCCCUCCCGGGGGUGACUUCGAAGCCGCUAAAGGGGAUGAUGCGCCGCUGCUCCGGUUGUACCAGGGCCACGUGAAGCACGUCCGACGAAGUCCCCAUCACCACGCCUUCGAGUACCCCGUCCGCUACGCCCUCGUCAACCUAGAACGCCCAUGCUCAUCUACUGCCUCUCCUCUCCCCUCUUCCCUCUUCCCGCCUUCCUUCUUCGCCGGCCACCUCUCCGCCGAUAAUGCUCGCGCUGUCACCGACACCAACGGCCCUGUGUAAGAUCCUCGAGCACUUCCCGCGCUCUCUCCUCUUCCUCUUCUUCAGUGCGAAUGAUUACCUGUGAUCGGGGCAUUCUCUCCCUCAUUUUUAAGUCCACAUUUUUUUGGGGUUACAAAUUGGAUAGGAGCUGAUGAGGCCUUGACGAUCCUCGUUCCCCAUCAAACAAUGAUGGCUGCUCACGACUCGGGGAACCUGCAGAAUCUACACAACCCACAGUUUCCACAUGGAGCUGUCUCCCAUGCUCCGUGAAUCCUGUGGCCGGGGAGGAGCCUCCCUACGGCCAUCAGGCGUAGGUCACACACCUUUGGAAAUCAUUCCUCUCGUUAAUCAUUCUGAACUUUGGAAGCCGCACCCGAGGUUCUCUCUGUUUUACAUUUAUAGGUCAUCUUUUCCCCCUUCCAUGAGGAUAGCAAGAGACAGGGCGCUCUGCCGAUUUGGACCGACCUCUUGGGAUGAGUGUGUGUGUGUGUGUGUGUGUGUGUGUUGUGUGUUGGUGAGCUCCAGCCUUGGUCUCUUGACUAGCCUUCUAAGGUUUUUCUUCUUUAUGAUGGUGAUUCUCUCAUCAGUAUUUCCAGCCCUUUGCACCGCAGAACGUUGUUGAAAUUUCUUUGGGGCAAACUUCCCUGAAUCUCCUUUUCCACCAUCGCUGCGUCACAAGAUGCCUCCAUCACGAAAGGCUCCCAGCUCGCUGAUUUGAUCCUGCGUGAUCAGGGGGGCAUAUCUUAGAAGAUAUGACAGGAAUACACUGCUCAGUUUACACUUCCGACUUGGAGAGUCGGGAUAACUAUUGGGAAUUGAGGAAAAACCAUCAUGCUAUGCUAAAUGGUUUCUCAGCCUUGAUCUUUUCUCAUAGAUGCCCUUCGCUUCAGCAGGUCAACUUACAUCAAAGUAACAUAAGACGCGUCAUUCACACACAAGUGCAUGGAACUCAAUGCUAUACACAAUCUGAGCAAAUGUCUGCUUUCGGUUUGAACGUUAAGUGUGGCAAUCUGAGCACAUGAAAUGUCGAUUAAGAUGAAGGCAUCAAUCCCUCAUGGCUGAUGACCUACAAUCUUGCAUUUGAGUCUCGUUUCUUUGGUGCUUAGGGUAAUCGCCUAGAUCUCCCAUAUAGUGGCACCACAAUGACACUUAGUACAGGUCGGUUCUCCAAUUUUCUAAUGAAACUAUCGUGACCUCUAAAAGACAUUGGCCUUAUUGUGAGCUUAAAACUCAAAUCUCAUUUACAGUUGAAUGCCUAUUUCAUCUAGAGGAGGGACUCAGUGAAUUCCUACGGAUGUUGUUUUACCUUAUAGCUUGUCAUCACUACAGUGACCUGAUUCUUUAGAUCUCCCCUCAUGUAAGUCGGGUUACUCAUGUGUGUGAAACUUAAGUAAUCUUCAGCCUUAUUCUUGGUAGAAUUUUUGUCUUUCUUAUCAUCAAGAAUUUAGCGAUUGAAUCUACCAGUAAAAGCGUAUGCAUGCACUUUCUUGUUAUUCAUACUUCUUGUCUGUUUUUAGUUAUGAUUUGAAUUCAUCAUCUGUGGGAUUGUAGUUUUACCAUUGUGCAUUGCAAAGAAACUAUGCUUCUGUUUUCAUUAGUGUGCUUAAUUGGCAAGAAAUUUCUCUCAGAAAAGUGUGUUGUGAAUCACCCUCAUCUCCGUAGUAUCUAAGCACAUAACAUGUCUUUUGAAUUGGACCGAGAAAGAAUGCCCUACAUAACCUUCUUGUGAGUACAGUGCAACGAUGUAUAAACGCGUAACUUGUAAUUCAUUUACUACCAAUGCUAUUGACGUUUUAACUUCUAUUAGAAUAAUUCACAAGGUCUAUUUUAAAUUUUUCAUUCUACAGAAUUUUAGGUAUGGUUCAACCCGAAUGUGUGACUCAUCUUUUAAUUGCUUCCUGAUGCGUCAUGUUCAAGCAGCUUGCAUGCUCAUUCUACUUAGUAAUUAUAGAGGAAAGAAAACGUCAGGAAGACUCUAUUAUGUUAAACAUCUAAUUAUUUACGAUUUCCUUUACUGAGAAACUUGACUACUGCUUUUGUUCUCGUAACGAACUUUUAUAGUAUCUCAGAACAAAUGAUGCUUGAAAUUGCAUGAUUGUGGGAACAUUUUUCUUGUGCUUUCUUGGCAUGUCCAUUGGUAAGAAAUGGCUGUCUUAUCAAUUGACCAAGUUAACUUUAGCCCUAAAAUUUCAUUGACUCAACAUGUCCUUUGUGAUAUGCUUUCCACAUAAAGAGGAUUUGGUUAUCUUUCAUCAUUCUAAUAUACUCUAGCCUUUACCAACAUAGAAAUAAACAGUGAUAUACUAUUAUACUUUCAUUUUAAUCCAAAUACUUUAGUUCAAGCCAUUGAUUUCAGAACCUGGCGAGACAAUAACUUCCAUAAAUUUCUGGUGGUAUUGUCUUGGAGUUGUACUUGUAAUUCUCUGGAUGAUCAUAUUAUUUUGUACGGUUCAUUUACGUCCCGUCACUAACAACACCACAAGAAUGGUCUCAAUUUCCAUUUUACGGAUGUCAGGGUGUCAAGAAAGGGAUGGGUUUUGAUUAUCUAGCAUCAAACCAGCCUGACACCAAGCAUUGAUUGGUGUAUUAGGCUAGAAUUCAUUCCCUUAUGUUCCUUUUGUUUGAACUGAAGCCAAUUAGGCAUAAAUAGUUGAGGUGAUCGACUGCCAGUCUCUAUCUCAGUUAGAUGUCGGCAUUCCCAUGUUUCCUUUACAUGUGUCUACAAUUGGUCUUUGCACUUUGGACCUCUCUCGUUAGGUAAAUCUACAAUUUAAUACAUGCUGGCGUCCUCUUGGAUCGUGCCCUUUUGACCGCAUUAGUUGAUGUCUGUUUCCUCACGCUAUUCACAGGCUGCUGCUCACGAUUCCACCGAGUGUUGGGUACGAACAGAAUCCUCUGAGCAUCUACUACUGUUAUGAUGUCGUAUCCAGAGCAGACAGUAAGCAUGAAGCAGGAGCAGGUGAUGAUGGGGAGUCCAUGGCAAGUACUAGACCCUGUCUAAGGAAAUGCAUCGCAGAGGUUAGGGAACAGUCGUCCUCUUUAUACCUACCCCCCUUGCCCCGGCGACAGGCCCUGGUUUUCUUGAUGGAUGGCUUGACUUUGUCCCAGGUCACAAACACACCAUGGGGCGAGAGGGCGUCAUUCGUUUUCGACCCAAGAUCUGACCUGGUUGCCAAGCCCUUGCACGUGAGCCCCUUCAUGGUGAGCGCCCGCCCACGCAUUUACUCUCAUCUCUCGUUCCACGUCCUGGCCCGCCGCUGCAGCGCAGGGCUUCAAAUAUAGUUAUCCUCUGGGCUGAUCCUGGCUAGCCAGUUCCUCUGUGUGAAGGAAAACUGGUGGGUUCUCUGUGUGUUUUUCCCUUCUUCUAAUGAACGGCACUCUUUCUUCUACAAGGGUGAUUUAUGUGCUCGUUUAGUCUGGAAUUGGAUGGUCCUUUCAAAGGGACGUGUCAGGCUAUCUGAUCGCGCGCCUUUCUACGCUUGGAGAUGGGCUUCCCUGCUCCUUUAUUCCCCAAACAAGCAGACUGAUAGGAUCCCCAACGCAGGAUAUGCUGGGGAACUGGAAGAUACACGCAGGCGAACCAGGCGACAAACUCUUCGUUGGAAUCUCAGUCCAGCACCCGGAGAUGGGCAGCUAUUUCACCGCGACCUUAAGUGCCAAGGAAGUUUCUUCAUCUCGACCCAGCCCUGCGCUCUUCUUCUGGCUGAUGCCUCAGAAGGUGGCCCUGUGGAUCUACUGGCAGGUGAGCGGCGGCGACUUGAUGUUUCAAAUCUUGCCCGAGUGAACUCGAGACGUUGUCUCCUCUCAAUCCAGCAUUUGUCCCGAAAAUAUUUGCAGGCUGUGAAGCUCUGGUGGAAGAACGUAUCAUUCAUCCAGCAUCCGAGGUAUUCGAAUCCAGCGUACAGAGAGGACGCCCUGUCGCGCGAUCGGGAGCUGCGCUGCCCUCUCACCAAGGGGGGAGGGGGGCCGCGAGACGACGACCGCCGUUCAGACAGCGCGGCGGCGGAGGGGGGAGGGGGCAUGGCCCGGUGGUGUGUGUGGAGAGACGCCGAGUGGCCCUGGUCCUAG